AAGCGUGGGAGGGGAGCGCGAGGCAGCAUGGCGGCCCGCGGUCCUGUUGGGAAGCGUGGUGCCGGGUCCGGGGGCUCGCGUGGGUCGGACCCCCAAGAGGAGCCUCCGCCUCCGCUGCAGGCCGUGUUGAUCGCCGACAGCUUCAACCGCCGCUUCUUCCCCAUUUCCAAGGACCGGCCUCGGGCUCUGAUUCCUCUGGCCAACGUGGCCAUGAUAGAAUAUACCCUGGAAUUCCUCACUGCGACUGGGGUGGAAGAAACUUUCGUCUUUUGCUGCUGGAAAUCGGCAGAGAUCAAGGAGCAUUUACAAAACUCUAAGUGGUGCUGCCCGACAUCUCCCAACGUCGUGCGGUUUGUCAUCUCAGACCUCUAUCGUUCCCUCGGUGACGUGUUGCGCGAUGUGGAUGCCAAGUCUCUUGUUCGUUCCGACUUUAUCCUUGUCUCGGGAGAUGUGGUAUCCAAUAUUAAUAUUUCUACAGCUUUACAGGAACACAGGACACGGCGUAAAUUGGAGAAGAAUGUAUCUGUUAUGACGAUGAUAUUUCAAGAGUGUUCGCCAGGUCAUCGGGGCCGAUGUCCGGAGGAUGAUAUUAUUCUGGUCAUGGACAGUGUUACAAAACGAGUGCUCCACUAUCAGAGGAUGCAAGGGCUCAAGCAUUUCGGUUUUCCUAUGAGCUUGUUUCAGAGCAAUGUUGAAGAAGUGCAAGUCCGGAACGAUUUGCUAGACUGCCAUAUUAGCCUCUGUUCUCCCCAGGUGGCCGAGCUGUUUACGGAUAAUUUUGACUAUCAAACUCGGGAUGACUUUGUCCGUGGCUUGUUGGUGAACGAAGAGGUCCUUGGGAACCAGAUCCACAUGUACGUGACUUCAGAAGAAUACGGCGCCUCCGUUUCCAAUUUGUCGAUGUACGAGUCGGUGUCCUCGGACAUCUUGCAGCGCUGGGUGUAUCCGUUGACCCCGGAAAUGAACUUCGUCAACGAGAAGCAGAGCUGCACCCAUUCCCGCCACAAUGUCUACCGGGGUGCAGAAGUUAGCCUGGGCCACGAGAGUGUGCUGGAAGAGAACGUACUCAUUGGGCAAGGAACAUCCGUGGGCGCGAAGUGCUGCAUCACCAACAGUGUCAUUGGGCCCAAUUGCAAAAUCGGUAAUGGUGUCCUUCUGGACCGAGCAUUCCUGUGGAAUAAUGUCCAUAUAGGAGACGGUGUAAAAAUCUGUCAGUCCAUUGUUUGUGACGAGGCAGAGGUGAAGGAAGGCGUAACGUUGAAUCCUCAUUGCGUCCUUACUUCCCAGGUGGUGGUGGGCCCUAACAAGGUCUUUCCAGAAGGCACAGUCGUAUCCCUGCAUCCUGCAGAUGAAGAAGAGUAUGAUGAAGAUGAGUUCAGUGACGACGAGGAUGUGAACAAGGAGAAGAGCAAAGUGAAGCAAAAAGGCUACAACACCGAAGAGGUUGGCUUACAAGGCAGAGGUUACCUUUGGAAAGCAGCCGAUGAAAGCGACGCGAACCAGGAGGAGCAAAGACAAAGCCUUUGGGGCCUCACCGUAAAGACCGAAGAAGAAAGUGAGUCUGAAAGUGAUAUGAGCUUUGGGUCUGAGCAGAUGGACAGCCGGACAGCUUCCCCUCAGAUGGACGACAUCAAAGUUUUCCAGAAUGAGGUGUUGGGGACUUUGCAGAGAGGUGAAGAAGAAAAAAUCUCUUGUGACAACUUGGUUCUGGAGAUCAACUCUCUCAAAUUCGCCUACAACAUUGGCCUGAAAGAAGUGAUGGCGAUACUGAGCAAAGUUGUAUUGGAAUAUCCUCUACAGCAGAUGAACGCGGAAAAGGAUCCUCAACAUUAUUGCACCUUGGUAGUCCCUGUCCUGAUGACUUUCUAUCAACUGGAAAUCUUAGCAGAAGAGAUGAUUCUAACCUGGUUUUCUGAACGGGACACAUCAGAUAAAGGCAGACAGCUUCGUAAAAACCAGCAGCUUCAGAAGUUCAUCCAGUGGCUUGAGGAAGCGGAAGAAGAGUCGUCCGAAGGGGAGCAAAACUGACCUGGCAGCCUCCAUCAGAAAGAAAGGCGAGCUUUGCUCUCUUUCUCGGGGGAAAAAGGGAGGCCCGAAGCACCCACUGUGGCUGAAGGAGGUGGCUAAAGAAGCAAGAACAAAUUGUGUGCAUGGCCCGCUCCCCCAUGCAUGUGGGAUUUGAACUCUCGGCUGGCUGACAAUCCUGUGGCUUAUUUCGUUGUAUAUUUAAUGUUCCUGGCAGACACUAUGUGUGGGACGGAAGGAAACCAUUGCUGGAUAAACCAGAGACCUGUAUACUAUUUAAAGUCUUUUUAAGGGGUGUGUGUACACACACGUGUGUGCUUCUGGUUAUGUCUACACAUAUAUGUGUGUACACACACACACACACACACACACACACACAUCUAAAGCUACCCACUGGGGACAAGGGAUGAGGGUUGGGUGUCCACUAAUGUCCAGGUAAGCAGUAAAGAUGUGCAAAUCCCAAGUCAACCUUAACAGUUAGGAUUCCAACCACUUUUGAGUUCUUCACC